GUUAGGUGAUAUUGGUUGUCUUUUUGAUGUCUGGGUUAGCAUCCACUCACUGGUGGAUGCUUCAUUCUCACAGGGAAUGAAAAAUUUCACAGCAUGAAAAAUUAGCCACGUUGCAUCUCCUUGUGCAGUCUUCUUUGCUUUGCCCUUUCUCUUCUGCUUUCUCUUCCCCAUUUCUCUUUGAUGCCCUGGGAGGUGCAGAGAGCUUCUGCAGGUGUGGGGGUCCUGAUGACACUCAGGGGUGCCCAUGGGAUCAGUUGCCAGCCCUGGCUGCAGCCCUGAUGCCUCACACACCUUCCUGUAGCUGAGGGCCUGCACAAAGCAAGUGCUGAGAGAUGGAGUUGUUUGCACCUUUUCAAUAACACUUUGCUGUUGUGGGCAUUGUUUUAGGUCGGAGUGUUCUGGGAAAAGCCAGAGUUUUAACAGUUCUUGCCCAGCGGUGGAAUCUUAAUCUUCUGGGACAUCCUGCUGCUUUUUUGGGGAACGUGUGAGGUGGAGUGGGUGACACACAGGCCUCGAUUGUAGAGUGGAAACUCAGCUCCAGAGUGCCAGUGCAGACUCUCAGUGCUGAACUGCCUGCUGGGGCUGCCAAAGAAGGAAAAUGUCCCAGUAACAGCCCAAUGGGACUGUGUCUCAGGGACAGGUACAGGGAGGUGACAAGAACCAGCAGCAUGGCCUGGCCUCACAGCUUCUAGGAAGCAGUGAUGACAGAGGGACUUAAUAGCAGAGAUUUUCAGAAAGGUCACAAAUGAAGACUCUGAAAGCCCUCUCUUUGCCUCUUGGAUUUGUGUAUGCUUUUGACAGCCACAGCAUCCUGUGGCAAUGUGUUCCACGAUUUCAUUAAGUACUCCUUGAAAAGCACCUGCCAUGCUUUGACUGAGCUGCCAGCCUGGUGAUUUGAAAGGGUGCUGCCAAGUGCUUGGGUAGAGAGAAAAAUCAAUCUUUUUUGUACUUGCCUUUCAGGGAACGGAAGAAGAAGGGACUCUUGAACAUCACACUGCUGGCUGAGUCCCAUUCAGAAGUCCUGCUCUGUCGGCUUCGUGAGAUUUGCUUGGCAGUUACCAGAGAGGUGACCAACCUCCGGUCCAACGUGUCCUGCUCUGCAGUUGUCACUCUGGGAGAGCUCUUUGCGAUCUUGGGGAAGGACAUGGACUCCGAGGUGGAUCAGAUUGCUACAGUCCUUCUCCACAUGUUGCGGAACUCCCCAGAGUUUAUUCAGAAGGCAGCCUGUCAGAGCCUGGGCAUGAUGGUAGAGAACGUGACUCCUACACGAGCAAUGACUGCUCUCAUGGACAAUGGAGUCAAGAGCCGCUACGUCCCGGCACAGAAGUGUACGGCCGAACUCCUCCUGUCCUUGAUGGAGAAAAUGGGAGUCACGAAGCUUGCAGGCACACCCAGGGCUGAGAGGCUGGCACAGGUGGCAGGGACACUCGCUCAGGACAGUCACAAGGACACGAGGCAUUAUGGACAGGAGAUGGUGAAGAUGUUGCUUAGUAAUCAAAAAUUUAAAAAGCUUUUGGAACAAUCUCUUUCCACGCAUGACCUGGAAGAUAUCCUGAAGAGAAUUAAGAAGAAAGAAUACUGCCCUGCUGUCAAGCCCUGUGGAGCUGGAAGAAGCUUGGGGAUGGAAAACCAGAAGGCUGAACGCCCACCUGUGCAGGAGCCGGUGAAGAAGAGGAAUGAAGGCUCCAAGGAGCCCCAGGCCACAUCACCUCCUAGCAAACGGGCAAAGUCUGCCACUGGUGGACGCCGCCUACACCGUGCAAGAGCCCAGGUCACAUUACCUGCAUCUGUGGAAGAAAGGGAGCUGCUCCAGAAGCUUUACCAUCUCCUGGAAGCCAAGGCGUUCCAGACACGGAUGGAAGGAGUGGCACUCCUCCUAGACCUGUCCAAAACCAGACCCCAACUGAUCUCCACUAACAUUGUCCAAAUUUUUGAUUAUUUUGGCCUGAGAAUCUGUGACACACAUAAGAAAGUGAAGCAGAAGGCGCUGGAGGCGCUGGCAGAAAUCAUAGGACUCCUGCAGGAUGCCAUGAACCCAUUGAUGAUCUGUUUGGUUGAAGGCAUAACAAAGAACCUAAACUCAAAGGAUCCCGGGGUUCAUGCUGCAGCUAUGACGGCUCUGGACCAAUCUGUUGUGCAUUUAGGUAAGGCUGAGCCCUGGCAUGGACUCUCCUCACCUGUGUCUCUGUCUCUCCGACACAAGAGAACGCUGAGUGCCUUGGUAGCUGUUGCUGUCUGUGGAAUGCUCCAGCUGACACCCACCAGAAGCUGUGCAGGUGCAGUCCUUAUGCACCAUCCCCAACUGGCUGGAAUGUGCAGCAGCAUUUCCCAACAGUCCCAGGAGCCCUUGGCUCUGUGCUGCUGGUCUGAAGAGCAAGUCCUGGACUAGAGCUUUGCUGCAAUUCAGAGGCAAAGGGGUUUUGGAGUUUGCUUGGGCCCCGUCUGA